GUCAAUCAAACAGAUUUCAUUAUUCUCCUCCAUUCAGUUUCUAUUAUUGUUUUGAAAGUUUUCCAAAAUCAUAAAAUCUUUGUUAUUUAAACGGGGGAUGAUCCACUAUCCAUCCAAAAAUGUCACAAAUGUAUCAAGUAGACAACGCCUUCCGAUACGUCUACAGUUCGUCACUGCAUGAACGCGUUCAAGUGAAAAUCGUCACACUGGACGGCCUCAUUCACAAGCCAUCCUAUGAGAAACUAUUAGAAGAGCCACUGCUGCGUUUCUCUGGACUGUAUUCCGAACAAUGUCCAUCGUUAAUGGUCAAAUUGCAGGUGUACAACAAUGGGGAACCAUUCGGAUUGCCUGUAUGCACAUCGUAUAUGCCAUUCGAAAAUCAGUGGAUCUGGAAAGAAUGGGUGACACUACCAGUACAGUAUAGUGACCUUCCGCGCACAGCAAUGUUGGCAUUGACCAUUUUAGACUGUGCAGGAGCUGGUAAGACAUCUGUAAUUGGCGGGACGACCAUUUCCAUGUUUGGAAAAAAUGGCAUGUUUCGACAGGGAAUGUUCGACUUACGUGUCUGGCCAAACAAGGAGGCUGAUGGCAAUACUAGCACUACAACUCCUGGUAAGGGUAAGAAUUCCAGUAAGAACAAUCAGAUGCAACGGUUCGGGAAACUGUACAAGGAGUACUGUAACGGACAAAUACCGAAGGUCGAAUGGUUGGACCGGAUAACGUUUCGUGAAAUUGCAAUAAUCAACGAUAACGAGAGAAAAACGUCCGAGUACAUAUUUCUGCUGAUUGAAUUCCAAAAUGUCGUGGCUGCCGAUCGAACGUAUUCGGUCAUUUACUUUGAAGCAGAUGGUGAUCGCAAGUACCCUUUCAUAACGAAGCCGAAAUUGGUGACCGUUCCAGAUUCCGAAAUUUUACAAGAAAAUUUGGUGGAAAAGAAACAUCAUCGAUUGGCACGUUCAGAUCGGUCGGGUAUAUCGGAUCGUGAUGCGAAACCAACAGCAAGUGUCCGCGACCAGUUGCACACAAUCGUUUAUCGAUAUCCGCCAACGUAUGCGUUGACCAGCGAGGAACAGGACUUGGUUUGGAAGUUUCGCUUUUAUCUGAGCAGUCAGGAAAAAGCUCUGACCAAAUUCCUCAAGUGCAUCAAUUGGGAAAUAGCAAGCGAAGUUGGUCAGGCAUUGAAAUUGCUGUCACAAUGGAAACCCAUGGACGUUGAAGACGCUCUGGAAUUGUUAGGUCCGUCGUUCACUCAUCCAGCUGUACGAAGAUAUGCGACGACGCGACUAAAGCAGGCGCCCGAUGAGGAUAUAAUAUUGUACCUUCUUCAGCUGGUUCAAGCAUUGAAAUAUGAAACGACAUACAUCAAUGAAAAUGACAAUGACAUUGUGGCGACGUACAAGCGAUUGGCUCCGGAUGAAGUCAUUAAAUCGUUGGAUGACAACGAGAACACUAGUACCGCUUCAGAGUCCAUGGGCAGUCCAAGUGCAUCGGCUUUGGCAAGUGCACAAUUGAUGAACCAAUCACAGACUCACUCAAAUAUCUCGAUACAUCCAUCCAUAGCUUCGUCGAACAUGGACAGUACGGAUGGUGCUAACAACAAUUCGGCUUCGGAGAUUUCGGACAUUUCAAAUACUUUGAUGAGUGAUUCGUCGAUACCGACGUGUGACCUGGCCUCGUUUCUCAUUCAACGGGCGUGUCGGAAUCCGACGUUAGCCAAUUAUCUGUACUGGUAUCUGUGCAUUGAAUGCGAAAGUCAGGAGACUGUGCGAAAGCAAGACGAACAAGUGAAAAAUAUGUACGCCAAAGUACUCAAAACGUUCAAGCGAACGCUUAUGCUUGCAGGCAACAGUGAACUCAAUCAAAUCAAAGCCAAUUUGGACAAACAGCAGAUAUUCAUCGAUGAAUUGGUCAAACUUGUGAGGAUUGUGGCCAAAGAAUCGGGCGACCGAAAGAAAAAGACCGACAAAUUUCAACAACUUCUGUCCGAUACAAAGGAAUUUCGAGUCAAUUUCGUUGGCUUUGAAACGAUUCCGUUUCCAUUGGAUCCGGAAAUUUACAUUCACGGAAUUGUGCCGCAGAAAGUCACCCUAUUCAAGAGUGCCCUGACACCAUCCAAAUUAACAUUCCUGACCACGACGAACAAAGAGUACGUAGCGAUUUUCAAGUAUGGAGACGACUUGCGACAAGAUCAGUUAAUUCUUCAAAUGAUCACACUGAUGGACAAAUUAUUGCGUCGCGAAAAUCUGGAUCUGAAACUGACACCAUACCGUGUGCUGGCCACAAGUUCAAAACAUGGUUUCAUGCAAUACAUUGACUCAAUCACCGUUGCCGAAGUUCUGGCCGCUGAAGGAAGUAUUCAGAAUUUCUUCAAGAAGCAUCAUCCAUGCAAAACUGGUCCGUAUGGCAUUUCAGCCGAUAUAAUGGACACGUACAUCCGUAGCUGUGCCGGUUACUGUGUCAUAACUUAUUUGCUUGGUGUCGGUGACCGUCAUUUGGACAAUUUACUGUUAACGACAUCCGGUAAGCUGUUCCACAUCGAUUUCGGCUACAUACUGGGACGAGAUCCGAAACCAAUGCCGCCACCGAUGAAAUUGAGCAAAGAAAUGGUUGAGGCAAUGGGUGGCAUCAGUUCCGAGCAUCAUCAAGAGUUCCGCAAGCAGUGCUACACCGCAUUUUUGCAUUUACGACGUCAUGCCAACGUUAUGCUGAAUUUGUUUUCGUUGAUGGUGGACGCAUCGGUGCCGGAUAUUGCCCUGGAACCGGAUAAGGCGGUGAAAAAGGUUGAGGAGAAUUUGAAACUGGGACUGACUGAUGAAGAAGCUGUACAUUAUUUGCAAGGUUUACUGGAUCUGUCCAUAAGAUCGGUAAUGCCAGCAUUGGUGGAUCAAAUACACAAAUUCGCACAAUAUUGGCGAAACUGAACACGGAAGUUAUUUAGCGAACAAUGUGAUAUAAGGACACUCACUCUAGGAAUAAGAUCGUGAAAAAUAGAAAAUUGUGGAAAAAAAA